CCCAUAUGAAGGAUACGGCGAGGAUGGGCGAGUCGACACCGAUCUGUCGCUGCCGGGUCCUGUACCUGGGCAGUGCGGUACCGCGCCAGAGCAAGGACGGGCUGCAGGGCAUCCAGGAGCCGCUGCGCAGCCUGUACCCGUCGGAGGGCGCCAUCGGCGCGAAGGGCAUCGACUCGUGGCUGAGCGUCUGGUCGAACGGCAUCCUGCUGGAGAACGUGGACGAGAACCGGAAGCAGGUGACGCGCUUCUUCCCGAUCGACUCGCUCCACUACUGUGCCGCCGUCCGCCAGGUAUUGAUCCCGGAGCGCGGCAACAGUAACCCGGAGCCGAAGUUCCUGCCGCUCGACUCACCGUUCGCACGGACCCCGCGCGCCCAGCAUCCGCCGAUCUUCGCGGCCAUCCUGCGGCGCACCACCGGCAUCAAGGUGCUCGAGUGCCACACGUUCAUCUGCAAGCGUGAGGCGGCCGCGAACGCGCUGGUGCGCUGCUGUUUCCACGCGUACGCCGACAACUCGUACGCCCGCCAGCUUGAGGGUUCCGGAAGUGGUAGCGGCUCCAACAGCGUGUACGGCACGAUCGGCGGCAAGUCGAACGGGGGUGGCCCGGCCGAGGGCGGAGGGUGGCGAUCACGUGCCGGCAGCACGACCACGCUCAACAGUGUCGGCGUCGGCGGCCGGCCGCCGGCAAUCAACGGCGUCGGCGAUGCGUACACGGUGAAGAAUCUUUAUGCCAGCAGCGCGGACCUAGACGUAGUGGACGACGGCGAAAGUUCACUGUACAAUGGCGACGAGAACCACAAGGUGUGGAACGGGUCGACCGAUCAGAUCGAUGGCAUCGGCUUUGGUAACGAUGGUCACUACGAUAUCUACUCCGGCCCGGCCGGCAGCACGAGUGGCGGCGGUGGCGGGGGCGGCGGCGGUGGCGGUGGCUCCACCCUCGGGCGUCCGGCCCGCAUCCGGCAGAUCAGUGCCCCGGUGCCGGUUCCUCCGCCACCGAAGGAGGAACCGAAAAAGUCCAAGAAGGACAAGAAGCUGGCCAAGAGCCUGCAGCAGCAGCAGCAACAACAUCAGCAGCACCUCUACCAGCAACACCAGCACCAGCAGCAGCAGCAGGUAGGAGGAAGUCAAAGUCUAUCCGGAACGCUUAUCAGACCACGUCCUCUGCACAUGAAUCCACUAGGUCGGCCGGCUGGCGGAGCAGCCCACUCACCCGGCGGCAAUGCCGCAGCGAUGGCCGCCGCGGCCGCCGCCGCACAUCACGGCAUGAUGAUGUACCACCACCAUCCCCACCACCCGUCCUACCAUCCGUCCCUCCAUCCGUCCCACCACCCGCACGGUAUGAUGGGGCCGCUGCCACCGCCGGUGCCGGGCCGCCAGUUCCACACGAUCGGCCACCGCAGCGUGAAUGGUAACGCGAUGGCCGCCACCGCCGCCAUGAUGCACCACCAGCACCAGCACCCGCAGCACCCGCACCAUCAUCCGGCACUCGGGAUGCCGAUGCCGCACCCGGCGGCCGGCAUGACCCUGCCGGCGAUGAUGGCGAUGGCGCCGCAGUACGCCACGCUGCAGCAUCCGCGCACCGGGAGCAAAAAGAAGAAGGACGGCAAAGCGGGCAAGGGCGCCCUGAACGGUGGUGGGAUGAUCGGGGGCAGCAACGGGAGCAUCCCGAUCGGGGUCCCGAUCGUGCCGCCCAUGUUUGCGUACGUGCCCGCGCCCGGUGGCCCACCGAAUGGUGGUGGAUCGCUCCUGGACAGCCGGCCGUUGUCGCUGAGCAACCGGAAGCUAGCCCAAUCGGCGGCCGCCGGGCUGGAUGACGUGUCGGGUGGUGGUGGCGGCGGCAACUCGGGCGCCGAGUCGCCGGGUGGCACCGGGAUCUAUCGGCGCAAGGGGCACCUGAACGAGCGCGCCUUCAGCUACUCGAUCCGCCAGGAGCACCGGAGCCGCAGCCACGGCUCGCUCGCCAGCCUCCAGUUUAGUCCGCCCGACCUCAAGAAGGAGCGCGAAAUCGCCCAGAUGGUGGCCGGGCUCGAGCUGGCCGACGAUGCCGCCGCCACCGCCGCCGCAGCCACGCUCCGGCGCCGCUCGGAGCUGCCCGCCGGCUCGUCCGGAACGUUCGGGAAGCCCCGACGAUGA